UCAAAUCAAAUUACAAAUAGGAACAGCCAUCCAGAAAGCUCACACUGAGCACGGAUUGUUGGGACUUGCUUACGGAGUUUAGUUUUCCGAGCAGGAUUGUGAAGGUCUGCUUUAUUAAGCUUUUAUGUGGAAAGACUGACUCGCUGAUGUGGACAAGAGGUACGCAUUUCGAAGAAAACAGCGUCGCUACAAACUGAGAGGACUGUGCGUGUGUGUGUGUUUUUCUUUUUUUGUCAUUCUGGGAAGGGGGAUCAGAGGAGCAAGAAAAAGGGUAGAAGAAACAUCGUGGCACAGAUUCUUUGUUGCUGUUAUUGUUUGCGGGUGGAUGCUGGCGGUUAUGAAUUAAAUCCCCCGAGUUCCUGGAUUCAAUGGUGAUUAAAAACCCAGCUGUGUGGGAGAAAAGAAGGAGGAAUAUUUGGGAAGGUAGAAGUUCUCUGAGGGACCCCCAGGCUGGCAAUGUUCCUGUGGAUGCUCCUCCCGGCCAGCCUGCCUGUCUUCACCAUCACCGGGAUGUGGAUAGUCGCUUUCUCAUACAGGAUUCAGAGAAGGUGACAAAGUCAUGCUGGACAAUCAUAAAUCACAGGAGUACCUCUGAAGAUACUUGGUAGUCUGGUAGACUGGCAGUGAUAAGGAAAGAACAUGGAUCGUAAAAGGGGGACCGGUGAUAAUGUUGCUGGUGCUAAUAAAGAAUAUGCCCUGGCUCUGUUCAAUCAACACGUCUGCCCCGUGGAGAACUGGGUGUACAACCUGUCAUGUAAGGUGGGGCUAGCCGAGCAAGAAGGCCCCGAAUUUUGUUGCACCCCAGACAACAUCCCGCUGGUCAGUAAGUGUGGGACCCUGCCCCCCGAGAGCUGCCUGUUCAGCCUCAUCUGCAGCGUGGGCUCCUUCAUGGUGAUGGUGGUCGGGCUGCUGCGCUAUGCCCAUGUCAUUGAGAAGCACCAGAACUGUGUCCUCAACACCGCCGCUCUCUCUACUGGCUGGAUCUGUGCUGCCGGGCUCAUUGUCGUUGGAAACUUUCAGGUUGACAAUGCGAAGGUGCUACACUAUGUAGGUGCCGGUGUUGCAUUCCCCACCAGCAUGCUGUUUGCUUGUCUGCAGUCUGCGUUGACGUACCGCCUGGCCAAGACUGGCUGUGAAUACGGAGUGGGGCACCUACGCUGCAGUCUGACCCUGCUUGCCUUCAUCACACUCGUACUGAGUGGCGUGUUUUUCGUGCAGGAGAGCUUUGAGCUGCAGCACGCCGCUGCGAUCUGCGAGUGGAUCUUCUCCUUCAUCAUCCUCGUCUUCUAUGGGACGUUUGCCUUCGAGUUCGGGGGGGUGUCGAGCAGGACCAUGCUGGUGCUGUUUGGGGCGGGGCAGGACCCCCAGGGGGGGCUGCAAGGGGGAGGGGGGGUCUCGCAACAGCAGCAGAGAAUCAAGCGAACCGAGAAUAUCAGAAUGCUGUAGAGACUGACAGACAGACGCAUGCUCUGUCAAAAUACCGACCGGCCAGCACAGGGGGGAAGGUUCCAAGAGGGGGGUGGGAUUGGGAGGGGGAUUUCAAUGUCAUUUGACCCACCCCUCCCCUCCCUUAAACACCAAUCAAACCCCUAAUACUGGUUUAAUGUUGCACGCUGUUAAGUGACCAAAGUUUCAAAUGAAUCCAGGACUUGUGAGUUUCCGCAGAGAUGGAGACAGAUUUCUGUUUUUCAAAGUUUUAAUAGUGCAAGUGUGCCAUGUUCUCACUUCCAGUGUUCCCUGGGAACAGACAAGUCCAGGGCUGAUGGGGUUAAUGAACCAUGCAGAUCACAAUCCAAUAAGCAGUAGUACUGGCCAAGCCUGACUCUGCUGAGAGCUACACUGUUGCCAUAUACCCUACGAACCAGCUUUGGGACAGACUGUGAAUGAAACGGCACUAAAACGUGGGACAAGGAGCGACUGCGUGGUUGAUUUCUUUUUAUCCGAAGACACGUUUUCCCAAUGUAAAGCCAUGAUGCCUGAAGACUGAACCAGUCAUUUUUGUGCCUUCAUUUUUUACAACUUUAAAUAUAUAUAUUUUAUUUUUCAAGAUAUUUUGGAGAGCCUGGACCUAACUAUGAAGAUGGCAAGGAGACUGCAAGCCAAAGUCUUUGCUGACAACAGCCUUGACAGCCUUUCUUUUUAGAUCUAGUCUUUCUGAUGUAAUGUCAAUGGUGCUAGAACUGACCAAAGAGAAGCCAAACCCAAGAAGUGCACCAUAGAACUGACUGGAUCCCUUCUACCUCCACAAACACCGCAGAGCUGCCUGGUGUUAAUUCAAGCGUGGAGGACUGGGUUUGAUUGCUUUACAAGAGAUAGGAUUUUAGUAAUAUUAGUAAUCCAUGGAUUAUAUUGAAAAACAAACAAACAAACAAUCACAACUUGAUAUUUCAGUUUGCUUUCAAGUGUGCUUUUCUGCUUUGAAUAUGUGUAUCUUUUAUAAGUGCUCCUGGUCUGGAUUAAAUCAAAAUGAUGGCUCUGCUAUAGCGGCGCCUUGUGCUUUGAUUUGAUUCUGUCUCCGUUUUCAGGGACCUUAAAUGUUAGCUUUUGCACAAUCCUGUUUUGCGGCAGGUUCCUUGAGUACAAAUAUUGUGAAGUUGCAUUCUUCUGAAACUCAAAGCUAUGCCGAUGGUACUCCCACCCUAUUGGGGGAGCUGUGAUCUAAACGAUAAAAGGAAUCAAAGGGAAUUUAAUACACAAAACUCAACUGCC